AUGAGAUCUCUAAUUUUUCUGCUCGGAGUUAUUCUAACUCAAGUUUUUUGUGCACUUUCGGAUCACGGCACAAAUAUUCAAGUGCCCUUUAAUAGCCUUGAGGUAAGCUUUCAAAUUUAUUAAAAUCUAAACACAGUAUUUCUCAGACUCAAUGUUAUUGGUUUCAAGUCGAAAAAUAUAGUUCUCAAAUCGAUUUGGAAGUUGAAGACGAUAAUCCGAAUGGCAAUUUGGAUGUUGAACUUCGAAAUGUGGAUGGUGAGAUUUUGGUGGAGGAAAAACGGACGUGGUCACAACAUAUUCAAUGGCCGGUGAAGAAUGCCGAAUAUUUGAGUCAGAUUGGGUUUUAUCAAGUUUGUAUCAAAAAUUUGGAAUCGCAGCAAACACAGGUUUGUUGAAAUUUGAAAAGAAAUUUUCUAAAUUUAUCGCUCCUCCGGAUACCCCGGUGAAGCUGUUAUCCAAAAAUUCAAGUUGUCAACGCAUUCCUAAGAAUGGUCGGAACUCCAAAUUACCUUGAGUAACUGGGUGUAAACCAAAUUGGUUAGCCUCCUUUUCUGUUUUCAAUGAAUACACUAACCGACAUUCAAACGGGUCCGCGGAGAAUGGCUGGGCCCAGCUGGGUGUGUGGAGACGCAGAGAAAGAGAGAGAGACAGUUUUUUUUUCUUUUUUCGGAAUUUUGUUUUUUUUUUCUGGAAAAAGGGGAAAACUAGGGAAUUUCUAGAAAAUUUAUAUGCUAAAAAUUAACUUUUAAUUUUCCCUGUCAUUCCAGAUUCAAUUAAUCAUCAACACGCACGAUAAAUCGCUGAAAACCAAUCUGCCUCACAGUCUUAUUCGAAAAAUCAACCGCGAUAAAAAAUGGAAUACUCUCGAAACUCUAAUCAGUUUUGAAAGAUUCGAUGAAAUCACAAUUCGAAUGCUGAAUUUACUUGAAGAAUCACAAGCAACACUUGCAAAAUAUUCAUUUCGUCUUCAUUCGCAAAUGGGAAAAGUUGAUGAGAUCGCAAAACUUGUCACAAUUUGUGGAAGUUUCAUAUCAGCUUGUGUUGUUUUGGUGGGAUUUUUGCAAGCUUGGUCGAUUCGUCAACUUUUUAAUGAUUCUUCAAAAUAUGGACAUUUGUUGAGAAAUGGAAGAAGAGGUUUUAAUCAUCAUAUUUAUUGA